UUGCUGGGUCUCUUCCGCCGCCGCCGCCGGCAGCUCCAUCGGGGCCCUCCGCCACUUCCGGUCCGGCCGCCGUGGCUCGUGACGCGGCUUCCGGCACCCCCGCCCCGCCCCCUCCGCCGGAUCUGAGGCCCCCAGGCUCCGGGACGGGCCCGGCGGCGGCGGCGGCGGCGGCAGCUGCAGACUCUGAGCAUGACUGACCGGCUGAUGAGCAAAGCGGCCACCAUGGAGAUCCCCAUCCACGGCAACGGAGACUCCAGGCGGCUCCAGGAGGAUGACGGGCUGGAGCAGGACCUGCAGCAGGUGAUGGUGUCGGGGCCCAACCUGAACGAGACCAGCAUCGUGUCUGGGGGCUACGGAGGCACGGCGGAGGGCAUCAUUCCCACCAGCUCCAUCAAAGGGUCUCUUCUUCCAUCUCACCCACCCCAAGGACCACUCAUCUCCCCAGUCCUGCCUGCCAGCCAGAUAGCUGUGCCAGGGUUGCUGUCACUGGCCAAGCUUCAGGCUCCACUUGUUCUACUCCCAGCCAGGCUCCUGAUCGAUGCAGGAGGCUGGGAUCGCUGUAGAGAAGUUCGAUGUGGUCAAGAAGUGGGGGGCAUCAACACGCAUAAGGUGCGCUUUUCCUGUACGUGGGUGGGCUACGAGGAAGCCUCAUGGCUCAAGCUGCACUUCCUGACCUGAGCUGGAGACGAGAUCGAGCUGUUGCGGGACACUAAGCUUAGUACGAAGGCUCGCCUGGCUGGCCCCUCACUCAGCCACCUCUUUGGCUACAGCCUGGUCCAGACCCAGCACGCCCUGGCAGACGCCUUCUCCGACCUCAGCCAGAAGUCCCCGGAGCUCCAGGAGGAGUUUGGGUACAACGCAGAAACCCAGAAGUUGCUCUGCAAGAACGGAGAGACGCUCCUGGGGGCUGUCAACUUCUUCGUGUCCAGCAUCAACACCCUGGUCAACAAGACCAUGGAGGACACCCUCAUGACGGUCAAGCACUACGAGGCGGCCAGGCUGGAGUACGAUGCCUACCGCACAGACCUGGAGGAACUGAGACUCGGGGUUCACAGGGGAUGCACCCUUCUGCACCGCUUUGGACGCCAGCUAACCCCAGCCCACCUCCGCCAAGUAUGAUUGAAGGCUGCGGAAGUGGCCGACGCGGUCAUCAAGCUGAAGUUCCUGGAGGGAGAACAAGGCAGGGUGAAGGUGAUGCACAAGCAGCUGCUGCUCUUCCACAACGCCAUCUCCGCCUACUUCGCCGGCAACCAGCAGCAGCUGGAGCAGAGCCUGCGGCAGUUCAGCGUCAAGCUGAAGAGCCCGGCGCCUGGCAAGCCCUCCUGGCUGGAGAGAGCAGUGAACCUGAGCUCCCUCGGCCAUGCUCCCCCCCCUGCCCUCUGCUCCAAGGGACUCCAAGGACUCUUGACCUGCCGGGACCAGCAGGGGAUCUCCUCCCCCACCUCCUAGCUGAGGGCCUGUACUCCACCUGCCCCCCCUGCUGUGGCCCUCCCUCGCUUUUUUUCUAAGCACUGGUUUAGCGGAGUGCUCCAAGGGGCGCUUCCUGGAGAAAGGCACUGCCUCCUCCGCUCCAGGAGGCCUGGGCAGCCUCCCCCCACACCCCCCCCCGCCGUUCAAAGACAUUUCCAGCCCUCCCUCAGCCAGGACUGGGGGGGGGGGGGGCCUGGCAGAAGAGCCUCCCCGCCCCCUUCCUGGCCAGAAUCUGGCAGGGGGUGGGAGAGGUCCUGUUUCUUCCCACUGUUCUGCCCUGCAGCGGGGGGGGGAGGGGGCUCUGGCUGAGGGCUGGAGAAGGCCUUCGUAGGUCUUCAUUUGCUGCUAUUUGGGGGGGGGGGGGGGGGGUGGGUGUGUGAGGAGCCUGGAGCGCCCUGGGACUAUGGACCGAGCUCCAGCCAGACCCUGCCCGGGGGCCGAGGGGCUCUGGGAGGGAUCAAGGCCAGUAGCCCCCUCUGACGUUCCUGAGGGGGGUGGGAACUGCUGCGUGGGGGAGGGUCCAGCUCCUCUUCCUGCCCAGUGAAGCCCCCCCCCCCAAUGCCUACUACAGUCUGUAAAGAUUCCAGAAUAAACGGUACGAAGCA